AGACAGCAGAAAAGAACAGUUAAAUAAGGAAAAAAGCGCGCUUCGACCAUCACGGAGACAGCUGGGGGGCUGCGGACUAUGGAUUUUGCUUACUCCACCACUACAUCCGCUGCCCCCGCCACCAGGUCCGCCAUCAUUGACGGUGUCGUUUCUCCGGAUGAACAUUGCAUAACAGCUGCAAGUGAAGAUAAUGAGAGGCCUUGUUGGGGUUGUGGGCUUCGUUUACUUGUUUCACCAUAUGCCCCUGCUUUCAGAUGCGUGUGGUGUGGAGCUAUUACAAAUGACAAUGUAAUUAAAAGUGAUAACAAAUGCUUCAAGUGGAAACGCUUGAGAGACCGCUGUUUUGUCAUUUUUCUAAUAUUGUUCAUGGUCUUCAUAAUAUGUGGCGGUAUUUGGGCUGUUUAUCCAAUUGUCCUUUCCAUCAAUUAUUGUCAUGGUGUUUUUCACCUUAUUAUAGCAGUAACACUGUCCAUAUCUACCAUAUCUACAUUUAGCCUCACUGCAUUUCGAUCUGCUGGUGCUCCUCCCAACAUAUUGUGGGGUAGCUAUCCUGCAGUGGGAAAGGGUGGACUUGAGAACUACACAUUCUGUCACUACUGCUCAAAGCCAAAGUCCCCUAGGACACACCAUUGCCGAUCUUGUGGGAUGUGUGUUUUGGACAUGGAUCAUCACUGCCCAUUUAUUGGCAACUGCGUCGGUGCAGAAAAUCACCGGUUCUUCAUCAUGUUCCUCAUGUCAGCCGUUAUAAGCAUGUUUUACGUGAACUUUAUGUCUGCUUAUGCAGCAUAUCAUACUUGGCCUUCAUUUAGCUAUGGAACAAUUAGUUCUGGGACUGUAACACAUGACAAUGAGUUGAAAAAAUUCACUACUGCCUUUCUGAGUUCUCUGGUGUUUCUCCAGGCAAGAGGAGUUGUUCUAAUGUACCUGUUUAUGUGUAGUGUUUCUGUGGAGAUAGGGUUAAGUAUGCUGUUGUGGCAGCAACUCUGGUACAUUUACCAGGGCAAGACUUACUUGAGUCAUUUAAGUUCGGGUGGCGAUGAGACUACAACAAAGGGAUGGGAAAAUGUUAUUCGCUUCUUCGGAUGCCCGUAUGGUACCAAAAGGUAUUUGCCAGUGUUCGUGAGUUCUAUUAAUAAAAUUCACAAGAAGUAAGAAGUUUGAAGAUGCUCUUAUCGAUUUCUUCCUUGGCUUUUUUGGGUGGUGUUUUUGUAUCUAUAUUCUUUCGUUGUUCUCUAUGAUGGCCUCAGCAGCAGUAGUCUUAGUUUCUGGUGUAGUAGUCUCCUUGAUUUUGCAACCUUUUAUUAUUUAUGUCUCGGGGUCCCUUUACUUUUUCUGUAUAAAUAGACAGAUUCUUGAAAGUGCUCAAGUGCCUUGGAUGAAACAGGAAGAAUUUUGUUUCGUUGGCACUUUAUAUUAUAAUGAACAUGCGGUGUUCGUGCACAAAACAUUGUAUAAUGUAACAUUUGUUUUGAAAUGUUUUUUGUACAAAAAAAUGCACGAUACAAAA